UAGCCACGAGCGUGACGAACGGCUCUUUCGAAAAUACAACAAGGAAGUUACGGUUUAUUGUGAAGGAAAAUAACCGCUGGAGAAAAAAAUUCUCCUCAAACCGGGGGUCCCUUCGCUCGGUUGCUGGGUGUCCGGGGGGGGCGAGGUCACCGUGGACUUUCCCGAGAGCCCGUUUCCGAUCAUCUCGAGGAAUUCUACUUGUAGCCAGCUAGCUAGCUAGCGAUGAACACGGACGUGGAAUUUCACAUCAGGCAGAAUUACCCGUGGAACAAGCUCCCAGCUAACGUCAAACAGAGUUUGGGGAACUCUCAGCGCGAGUAUGAGAAGCAAGUGCUCCUGUACAGCAUCCGCAACCAGCUGCGAUUCCGCAAUAACCUAGUGCGCCACGUGAGGAAGGAUGAGCGCAAAUAUUAUGAGGAGCUUCUGAAGUACAGCCGGGACCACCUGAUGCUGUACCCCUACCACCUGUCUGACAUCAUGGUCAAAGGGCUACGAGUCACCCCGUUCUCGUAUUACAUAGGAAUCAUGGAGGAUAUUAUGAACAGUGAGAAGAGUUACGACUCUUUGCCCAACUUCACUGCAGCUGACUGUCUAAGGCUACUUGGCAUUGGGAGAAACCAGUACAUCGACCUGAUGAACCAGUGCAGGUCCUCCAAAAAAUUUUUCCGCAGGAAAACAGCACGGGACCUACUGCCGGCCAAACCAGUCGAGAUCUCCGUUGAGCCGUGGUGGGUGGCACAGACAGGCUACAUCACCGAGGACGACAUAAGGAUCUGUUCUCCCGCUGAGAAGAAAGCCAUUGAUAAGAUGAUAGAUUCUGGUCCUCAGCUGGCAGGAUCCAUGGAGUACAACGUGGUCUUAAGCUUGUACAACCGGGGAUUCAUUUACUUAGAUGUUCCCAUAUCUGAUGACAGCUGCAUCUCAGUGCCCCCACUGGAAGGGUUUGUCAUGAACCGGGUCCAGGGUGAUUACUUUGAAACACUUCUGUACAAAAUCUUUGUGUCCAUCGAUGAGCAAACAAACGUAGCAGAGCUGGCAAAUGUGUUGGAGAUCGACUUGGACUUAGUGAAGAACGCAGUGUCCAUGUACUGUCGCCUCGGCUUCGCCGUGAAGAAAGGUCAGGUGUUCAGCUCAGACCAGCUCCACCCCACCUGGAAGAACGCCCCAUCUGUUAACAGGCUCAAGAGCACUAUGGACCCCCAGAAGAUGCUGCUGUCCUGGGAGCAGGGCAGUCCUGUAAUGGAAGGAGGCUCCUCAGCCACAGAUACAGACACCACUAGCCUGGAAGACCAAGCAGACACAGGUAGCGUUAGCAGCCUGAGCAUCCCAGCUGCACCCACCAAGAGGAUCGCCUUCCUUUUUGACUCGACCCUUACAGCCUUCCUGAUGAUGGGCAACUUAUCGCCGAACCUGAAGAGUCAUGCUGUGACCAUGUUUGAAGUGGGCAAACUGUCGGAUGAGACUCUCGACAGCUUCCUGGCUGAGCUGGAGAAGGUGGAGAGCACAGCAGAGGGCGAGGCUCAGCGUUACUUUGACCACGCUCUGACCCUGAAAAACACCAUUCUCUUCUUGCGCUACAACAAAGAACUCACUCAGGACCAGGGACCUGAUAUUCCAAACAUAGGUUUCCCCUUGGACAUGUUGCGCUGUGAGAGCCUGCUGGGUCUAGACCAGGCCACCUGCAGCCGCGUCCUCAACAAGAACUACAAGCUGCUGGUCUCGAUGGCACCGCUCAGCAACGAGAUCAGACCCAUCAGCAGCUGCACCCCUCAGCACAUUGGCCCAGCCAUCCCUGAGGUGAGCUCCAUCUGGUUCAAGCUGUACCUGUAUCAUGUGACUGGCCAAGGCCCGCCGUCUUUGCUGCUCUCCAAAGGCUCCAGGCUCCGCAAGCUGCCGGACAUUUUCCAGGUCUAUGACAGGUUAUUGAUAACUUCCUGGGGUCACGACCCUGGAGUGGUCCCUACAUCCAACGUGCUGACAAUGCUUAACGAUGCCCUUACACACUCUGCUGUUCUCAUCCAGGGUCAUGGUAUGCAUGGGCAUGGAGAAACGGUGCACAUCCCAUUCCCUUUUGAUGAGGAGGAUCUGAAGGGAGAGUUCUCCUACUCCAACAUGUGCGUGCACAAGGCACUGCAGAAGCUGAAGGAGCAUGUGGAUCUGGAGCACCAGUGUGGCUACAUCACCAUGCUCAACUCCAACAACAGGCACCGCCGCAGGCCCAGCGACAGCACUGAGUGCAGAGGAGACACCCAUCUAGGUGGAGGCUUGGACACUAAUGGCAGCACUGAGUCCUUUGAGCUUGUGACAGAGGAGAACAACGGUGAAGGCAAAGGAAAGACAGACACCCUUUCAUCUGAAAACGAGUGGGUCCCUCUUGAACUGUGCUUUGGCAUGCCCCUCUUCAGCUCUGAGCUCAACCGCAAAGUGUGUCGAAAGAUUGCUUCACACAAGCUCUGCAGCAACGAGAGCCUUCAAGAGCUACUCCACUCGAGCCGAAAACUGUCACUCAAGGUGUUGAGCUUCGUUCAGUCAUUCCAGGAUGGCAGCCAGCCCUCUGACCUGGACAGCGGCGUGUCCAACCCUCUCAGCCAGCCCCCGCCAGAGUCCGGUGUCCCCCUGCCCGCCCUCAACCUCCUCUUCAAGGACGGGCAGCUGAAGGAAUGGAGCGGGCGCGCCCCUCCUCCUCUAGACAUCUCAGCCCUGCAGAAAGACCAACUGACAUAAAGCAUCAGCAAAACUUCCAGAUUUAGGAACGAGGAAGCAGCGUCCCAACAAAGGGGGCUAAUGUCUUUUCGCAGCGUCACGUCUCACUGUGGAAAUUCCUGUUCGUGGUUCCAGCCCUGCAUCUUUAAAUCCAGUCACAAGGAAACUCCCUUAUUCGUAAGCCCCGCCUUCUUGUCCAUCAGUAUCCAGUCAUAGGAUAAUUGGCCCCAUCAGAACUUUGUCAUUCACCUACUGUAUGAGGAAUCAUCGACACUAGUACCAACCCUCUUUGCUGUCCUCCUUCCCUCCCCUCUGUGAUUCCUCGUAUUCGUAGCAAGGCAGUGUUAUCUGUUGGAGUGGUGCUAUUAUCACACUAUAUCACAGCGAUGCAGGUAAACAUCAUUUAACCUGGAAGACCAUCUAACUGGAAACAAAUGCGCUGUUUUCCCACUGACUCCACCCCACCCCCACCCCUUCAGUCGAUGGAUGUUUUGUGACCCUUGAGAGCAGAGUGUAAAAUGGUUAAUAUUGCAUAGAUGUUCUAAAAAAGAAAAAGAAAAAAAGACCUAUAAAAUAAACAUUAAAGUGUUGAACAGACUUCUUCAGGAAUCAUUUGACAAUAUGCAUAUUCUAGGACCAAUUCUUUGGACUUUAACCAGGUUGAUAAGACCCCGCUGCCUCCCUGUAUUGUCUCAUGUUAAGUGAUCUAAUGCAUGAUACUAUUGCACAAAAAAAUCUUUCCUCUUUACUUGUAAUCAAUAUUUGGGGCAUUUAUUAUUUGCACUGUGCAGGAUUUCUUCAAACCUGUGGAUGAAGUAACAUCAUGUAAUUAUUUUUUUUUUUUAAAAAAUGUUGGCUCAUUUGUAGUGUGCACGUGAUUUUAGAGCUCACCAAAAGGAAAGUAUCAUACGAGGCAUCUGAGAAACUGCGUUUUUUUUUUUUUUUAAUCCAUUAGAGAACACCAAAGACCUUAUUUCUUUAUAAUGAUUUAUUUUCUUUUUACUCCUUUCUCUGUUCUUUUAUUUUGGUGUUGCCUUAUUAUUUUCAGCCAAUCAAAAACUACCAGGUCUGGGAUCAUAUCUCCUGAUUUUUUUUAUUUCCUUUUUUGGGGGGGUUGUUUUUUUUAAAUCUCACAAGUUUCUUUCUUUUUUUUAAAUUGUUAAUAUGCAUUCGAUGUAGUGUGUCUAACUAAUAAAAAUUACCAACGUCAGAUCAAAAAA